ACAGCUCAAUGAGCUUGAAGCGAACGGGAGACUGUUGGCUGGGUGAAGAGAAAGAGGAGUGGAAGGAGUUUGGAAGGCACACUGGCAGAAUCAAUUCGAAACAAGGUUUUACCGUGAGAACAACCAAGCCUAAUUUCAUCAUCAUGAGGAGUCAGCUUCUAGUUGUGCUUCUUUCGCAGCUUCUUGGGAGUUGCCUCUGCCAAUUCCCUCGCCCUUGCGCCAACUCAGACGGCUUACGGACUAAAGAGUGCUGCCCGGUAUGGGACGGAGACGGCUCAGCCUGCGGUGCUCUGUCGGGCCGUGGUUUCUGCACAGAGGUGGAAGUGUCAGACGAACCCCACGGCCCGCAGUACCCUCACAGCGGGAUCGAUGACAGGGAGCGCUGGCCUUUAGCUUUCUACAACCGCACGUGUCGUUGUGCUGGGAACUACGGCGGUUUUAACUGCGGGGAGUGCAGGUUUGGCUACUGGGGAGCAAACUGCGCCGAGUACAGGGAAUCCGUACGCAGAAAUAUCAUGACCCUGUCAAGUGCAGAGCAGCAGAAGUUCAUUUCCUACCUGAAUCUGGCCAAGAACACCAUCAGCCGUGACUAUGUCAUCGCCACGGCGACCAGAUCAGAAAUGGGUGAAAACGGUGAAAACCCCAUGUUCUCUGACAUCAACGCCUACGAUCUGUUUGUCUGGAUGCACUACUACGUGUCGCGGGACGCCUUCCUCGGAGGGCCGGGGAACGUUUGGACCGACAUCGACUUCGCCCAUGAAUCUGCAGCCUUUCUGCCGUGGCAUCGUGUCUACCUGCUUCACUGGGAGAACGAGAUAAGGAAGCUCACAGGAGAUUUUAACUUCACCAUCCCAUAUUGGGACUGGAGGGACGCGCAAUCCUGUGAGGUGUGCACUGACAGUUUGAUGGGGGGUCGCAGCUCCUUCAGCCCCAACCUCAUCAGCCCUGCCUCGGUCUUCUCAUCGUGGAAGGUCAUCUGCACUCAGCCCGAAGAAUACAACAGUCGGGAGGCAUUGUGCAAUGCUACAGGGGAAGGGCCGCUGUUGCGUAACCCUGGCAACCACGAUAUGAAUCGUGUGCAACGACUCCCGACAUCAGCUGAUGUUGACUUCACUGUGAGCCUCCCACAAUACGAGACGGGAUCCAUGGACAGAUUUGCCAACAUGAGCUUCAGGAACGUCCUUGAGGGUUUUGCCAGUCCUGAGACCGGCAUAGCAGUUCAAGGCCAAAGCACGAUGCACAAUGCCCUGCAUGUCUUCAUGAAUGGCUCCAUGUCGUCUGUGCAAGGUUCCGCCAAUGACCCCAUAUUUCUCCUGCACCAUGCUUUUAUAGACAGCAUCUAUGAGCGCUGGCUCAGGACCCACCAGCCUACACGGACCUUCUAUCCGCUCCGCAACGCCCCCAUCGGGCACAAUGAUGGUUACUACAUGGUGCCAUUCAUGCCUCUUUACAGGAAUGGAGACUAUUUUCUCUCCAAUAAGGCAAUGGGAUAUGAAUACGCCUAUCUGUUGGACCCAGGCCAGAGAUUUGUGGAAGAGGUUCUUAACCCUUACCUCCAGCAGGCCCAGCAGAUCUGGCAGUGGUUGCUCGGAGCGGGCAUCCUGGGGGCGCUCAUCACGGUGGUCAUUGCAGCGGUGGUCAUUGCCGCAAGAAAAAAGUGGAGACGGAGCCAGAGGAGGAAGAGAGCGUCCAUUUUUGGAGAGCGGCAGCCACUUCUUCAGAGCAGCUCCGAGGAAGGCUCGGCAUCCUAUCAGACGACUCUGUAACACACACAGGGCUACACAAACGCAUGAAUGUGAGGAACAAUGGGAUAUUUUCCUGGAUCAAAUCAAAUCUAGCAUCAGUUCACAUCAUUACAGACAUAAUAAUAAUCCACCACAGUGGAAGUGAAAUACUCCUAGAUUGUAAAGUAAACUCCAUCUUUGUAGUACUUUGUGUAUACCAAAGAUUUACCCAUGGUAAAAUGUGUCAUAAUGAAUCUGCUGUAAAGAGUAUAUCAAGAAUACCUUUCACAUAGGAUGCUGUGUAUUUGACAAGUUGGGUGCACUAAAAUUCAUGAUUUGAAAGAAUUUCAUCAGCGCAGGGAAUUCAGGAAAAUGUGCCUCAUGUUUUAAGAGUUCACAAAAUGCACAACAAACAUGUUACUGUACGACACAUACAUAUCUACACUGCCAAAUGUCUUUCAUAAAGCUCCAUAGACUUCCUGAUAAGGUUACAUAAGUGAGAUAGAUUACCUUGGAUGAUGAAUACAGACACUCAUUCAUCAUGCAAUGUAUAAUUAAUAAUAUAAUUUAUUAUACUGACCGAAGCUCCAACACUUGGUGGUAGCACUGGUGCUAAAGGAUCAUAGUGAUGCAUGUGAUCUUUCACUAACUCAUGUGCCUGAGUUGCUGCAUUAAAAUCUGAUCCAAUCCAACUUAUGUUGCCUGUGGUACUUCAGUUUGUAAAGAAGUAUGAACUAUGCACAUACCAUAAUUGCAUUCAACAAAAAUAGCAACUCAACACUUUGUUUGCCCAUAUAUGACCAUCACUGCAGGCCACAUCUGGGCCUCGAGUUUGACCAACCUGGACACCCCCAAUACAGUAAAACUGCACAUUUUAAAGUGGCCUUACAUUGUUGCCCGUGCUCACUAACGCAGACUUAGACAGCAUUGUAACAAUACUGUAUUUGACAGAAACAGACCUUUUGGACAAAUAAAAAAUAUUUUUGAAGUUAGAUCUUUGAACUCAGCUCAUGAAAGUCGAGUGCAAAAACAACUGUCAAAUUUGUAUUUUUUUCAUAAUUGUAUAUAGGAUUUUUUGUUUCAAGAGAUGAGGCUAUUGCCACCAAAAUGAAAUUCAGUGCUCUCUUUUCAGAAGACUGUAAAUCAACUGAUACAAAACACAGUUCAACAAAA